AUGGAACCAGAUUUUGAUCCGAAGUUAUCGGAAGAAGCUCGUCAAAAUAACAAUGAUGAGCCGACCGCUUUGUUUGCUCAGUCUCUUUGCCUUUCUCUGGAUCCGAUCCUAGACGAUUCAAAACCAAGCCCAACAGAACAGUCCAAGAAUAACUCCGAAACAGUUUGUUUUAAGCCGCAUACGUCUGGGAAACGACACUCUAUUUUAGGAACUGGUAAUAGAUCUGCUUUUAGAAAACCGAAUUUAAGUGAACUGAUAGAGAAAUAUCAGAACGCCAAGGAAAGAGUGAAAGAAUGGAACAUUGAUAAGAUGUGGGCCAGCCGCGUUGAACGAGCAAAGAGGAACGCUUUGGCAUCGCUUUCCGACAUUGUAACUGCCGCGUUCUGGAUUCGCGAAGGUGUCCCUAGGACAUCAUGUGAGAGAGCCUCCUCUAUUCCGGAGAUAGACGAAGUCGAUGUGUAUUUCAAAAGAGAGUACCAAAACCCUUCAGGCAGUUUUCAUGAUAGGGGUGCUCGCUAUGCAUUACUCCGACUACAUCAGAGUCAAAAGAACCUUGGAGUAAUCACUACUUCGUCUGAAAACUUUGCUGUGGCGCUUGCCUACCAAGGGAAUUCCCUCGGGAUUCCCGUAACUGUGCUUCUACCAGAGAACACGAGUCCUGUUAAAAUCAGAAUGUGCGAGAAGUAUUACGCAGAUACCAGGAUUGCUGGAGUGGACGAGGGAAAGGUGCUAAAUAUGAUUCUAGUUUCAUACUUUCUUAGUUGUAGCAGCCCGAAUUUAAGAAACAAUAAUCCGGAUGUCGUGUGCGGGCAAGGCACGAUGGGAUUGGAGAUCGUGGACCAGCUGGAAGGAGUCGACGCUAUCGUUGUGCCUGUAGGAGGAGGGACUCUACUGGCUGGGACUUGUGUAGCUGUUAAAACUCUGUACCCUUCUAUAAAAAUAAUCGUACGCACCGUUUUCUAUAAUUCUUAUCAAAAUGUCUAUCAUCUGCACAGUAUUAUAGAGUAUUUACUGACCAGGGGACCCUUUUAUCAUCAUCAUUUGUCUGUUCUCCUGGGGGAGAAUUGGGGCAGAGUAACGGGAAACCCUUUACUGAGACAAAAAUAUGUGAUAUAUACCUCUUACUAUCAACCCGAUCAAUUGUUGUUCUUGUUUUUAUUUUUCAGAGAAGACCAUAUUGCAUUAGCUAUGCUCAGAUUGUUAGAAAAUGAGAAAGUAGUUUUAGAAACAAAUGGUGCAGCUGGGCUAGCGGCUCUUAUUGGAGGAUACCUGCCUGAACUCAAGGGAAAACGGGUGGUAGUUGUUCUUAGCGAGGGCAACAUGGAGCCCGCCCUUCUUCCACGGGUAAUUGCCCGAGGGCUCACGACGGAUGGAAGACUGGUACGAUUUGAGGUUCGGAUCGAUGAUCGGCUGAGUACCAUGGCAACGCUGUUGCGGCUGAUAACAUCAACAGGGGCCGUGUAAGAAAAGGUUUCCAAUCCAAGGAAUAAAAACAACGCAUUUUUCCUUUUCUAUCGUUUGCACAUAGUAAUCAGGAAUUGACAAACAAACAAACGAAACUCCCAAAAAUAAAAACAAAAACAUCGGUGGCACGCGAAAUCAGCCGCAGCGAUGCAAGGCGUUUGUACCAGAAAAUUCUCCUACCAGCUGAAAUAGAGUUGUCAGUUGUCUUGGAAAUGUAGAUGCUAGGUGUUUAAUUUUGUUGUAUUUUGGAUCUCAACAGUAUUAAAGAUGUCAGCCAAGAACAGGCAUGGAAUGA